AUGUUCCUUUUAAAAUUAAAUGGAAUAUUAUUUAUUUUAAUUUUAUUAAAAUUAAUUUUUAUUCAAAAUACUGAAGGGGUUGAUGUUAAUGAAAAUGAGAAUGAAAUAAAUAAAGAAAUGGUUGAAAAAGAGUUUAAAAUUUAUAAAAAACUUCCUUUUGAAGAGGUGGGAAGUAAUAGGAAAAAAAGCAAAAAAGGGAAAAAUAGGAAAAACAAAGAAGAAAAGGGUAUAUUGAAAUUAAAAAAAAUAUUUUUUUGGGGAUUUAAGUGGGGAAUAUUUAAAUAUUUUUUUUCAAUUGAAUGAAUUAUUACAAGAAAUUUUAAGGAAAUU